AUGGCUACCAGUAAGUUGGAUCAGUUUCUGGAAAAUGUUGAUGACAAGGUCUUAGAGUGUACCAUCUGCUUUAAGAGACUUCAAAAUCCAAAAUCCCUCAACUGCCUCCAUAGUUUCUGUUUGGCAUGCCUGGAAGAUUGGGUUAAGGAGAAGGGUAAGCUGACUUGCCCAACUUGCUCAAAAUUAUAUCCAAUUCCGGAGGGUGGGCUUGAGAAGCUUCCACCAAAUACCUUUCUAAAUAAUUUAUUAGAAACUAUCGAACAAUUUUCAGAGAGAGAUCAGAUGAAAUGUAGUGUUUGUGAAAAGGAUGAACAGGUAAAAUACUACUGCCAGGAUUGCAGACAGUACUUGUGCUCUACUUGUAGCGACUAUCAUAAGAAGUAUGGACUCUUUAUAAAUCACAAGUUACAUUUAAUGGUGGAUGUGCAAUCAAUGAGUCCCUCUGAGAUGACUUUGUUACAUCCGCCUCAGUGUUCACAUCACAAAACUUCAGCCACCUUGGAAAAAUCUGCCCAACACUUUGUCAACAAAUUAGAAGAUGGUCUCAAAGCUGUUAUUCAGAAUGCUACAAAAUUAGACCAAUGUAAAGACACAUGUUUGAGAGACAUAGACAAUCAUGUUGAAGAAAUAUUCAAAAAAGUAAAGGAGAAUAGAGACAAAAUGAAAAACGAAGUAGAGACAAUCUACAAAAGAAAAAAGAAGAGUGAUGAAGGCACUGCAAUGCAGUCAAGUGAAACAGUAGUUACAGCACUCAGGGACAGAAUCAAUGAAUUACCAAAAACAGAGCCAGAUGAUAAUGGAGAAAUUUACUACUUCAUAGACAAACAGCAAAUGACUUCAUUGAGACAAUGUGCUAUAGGGACU